AUCAUCAGGGAUUUUCAUCAAGCACCUUGGUCUUCUCAGCAGAAAACUACUUCAUCUUCAUACCAAAGGUUUCUUCAUUUUGCCUUAGUGAAAAUGGCAAAAUAUGAAGUGAAAGUGUUCACUGGGAGUUGUGUAUAUGCUUCCACCUUUAACGAUGUCUACAUUAAGCUGGUGGGCACAAAAGGAGAGAGCGAACGCUCUUGGCUCAAAGGCCUGUUUUCUUCUGUAAACAUCAUGGGAAGCAAGGUGAACACUCUAGACGUCCACUGCCCUACAUCCCUUGGAGAUUUGAUUCUGGUAGAAAUAGACAAAAGGCCUCUAGGAAUCUUCCCAGAAGACGAUUGGUUCCCUGCUAAGGUAGAAGUGAACUGUCCUGAGGGAAACACCUACUUCUUUCCCAUCUACCACUGGAUUGAUGACAGUGAGGUGCACCGCUUCAGAGCGGGGAAAGGUAUGGACAUUUGCUUCUUCUGCAUUUUCUAUGCUUUUAACUUUCCAAGGAAGACAACAGAACGACGGUUCUUGCAGGUGCUCUGCUUUCAUAGACAGGCUCAGCUGAAGUUGAGCCAACUGGUCUAUUGCCGUGAAAAGUGGACUAGUUUUGAUGACAUCCAGCGGAUAAUGAGCAAUGCAACUGAAAUAUCAGAAUAUGUGCAGAAACACUGGAAGGAGGACACGUUCUUUGGCUACCAGUACCUAAAUGGUGUCAACCCCAUGUUGAUCAGACGCUGCAGAGUCCUGCCUGAUAACUUUCCUGUCCCUGAAGCCUUGGACUUUGGCGAGGGUAGCUUGGCAGAACAAAUGAAGAAAGGCAAUAUAUACCUGUGUGACUACAAGCGUUUGGACGGCGUGAAAGCAAGAAUGAUCAAUGGGGAACAGCAGUACUUGAUGGCUCCCCUCGUCCUCCUCUUCAAAAAACAGGAUGACACGUUGGUGCCCAUCGCUAUUCAGCUGAAGCAGACGCCAGGAGAGGACAAUCCAAUCUUUUAUCCUUCUGAUUCUGAGUACGACUGGUUACUGGCCAAGACUUUUGUGAGAAGUGCCGAUUUCACUGAGCAUGAACUCAACACUCACCUGCUGCGCACUCACCUGCUGGCUGAGGUUUUUGCAGUGUCACUUCUGCGCAACUUGCCAAUGGUGCAUCCACUGUACAAGCUCCUCGUGCCUUACACUCGCUACACCAUGCAUAUCAACCUGCUAGCUCGGAAACUUCUCAUUUCUAAGGAGGGAGUUUUCACAAAGUACGCAGCCUCUGGUUGCAAGGAGACUAAGAAGACGAUCCUGACUAGAUCACUGACCUCAAUGACCUACAGCUCCCUCUGUAUACCAGAUGACAUUGCUGAGCGUGGACUGGAAGACAUUCCAAACUUCUACUACAGGGAUGAUGGACUCCAGCUCUGGGAUAUCAUCUUCAGGUUUGUGAAAGGAGUUCUCAGCUCCUACUACAAGGAUGAUGCUGCGGUCCAGAAAGACUCUGAGCUGCAGAAGUGGAUUGGAGACAUUUUUAAAUAUGGGUUCCUUUCUCAGGCAAGCGCAGGAAUCCCACAUCAAUUUGAUGCAGUGGACGACCUCAUCAAGUUUGUCACCAUGGUGAUGUUUACUUGCUCAUGCCAGCAUGGGGCUGUGAACACUGGACAGUACGACUACGGGGCCUGGAUGCCCAACAAUCCCACCUCCCUGAAACGUCAUCCACCAACCACAAAGGGUACAACCACUGAGGCCACUCUGCUGGAAACACUGCCUGAUGUCAACACCACAGUUCAUGGCAUGGCGGUCAUGUGGCUACUCAGUCAGCAGUCUAGUGACUUUGUCCCACUGGGUCAGUACCCACAACAACGUUUCUUUGAAGAGACUCCCUGCAAACUGAUAACGGAAUUCCAGGGAGAACUUAAGAUAUUAAGUGCAGCCAUUGAGGUCAGAAACCAGAGUCUGGAUGUCAAAUACACAUACUUGGACCCAGCUAAGUUAGAAAAUAGUGUUGCCAUUUGAGUGACUUGCUCAGCAUUUGCUCAAAUUCACCGUCAUGAUUAAAACAGGGGAGAGGGUAAAGAGUGCAUGUGCUAUUUUUAAGUAACAAUAGAGUACAACGAAACUACUACAUUCGUUGAAUAAUAUGGUGACAAAUGAGUGGGCAUUUUAUGAAAACAAUAUUAAUAUUAAGCUUUGAUGCUGCUUCAUUAUUAUUCCGGCAAGCUGUACUCUAAGAGGUGAAGGGCUGCUCUCCACCGUUCAAAGCUCCCAAUCACAUUGUGAAGUCCAUAAUAAUAGUUUAAAACACUUUAACACAGAUCCUAUUGAUCCUGUCCUCAGUCACUAUUCUGACUUAGGAAAAUUGAUAUAUUGAGAAUAUUUUUUCGGGAUCAAAACAAAUGUGUUAUUGAAACAACUAUUGCAGCAUGUGUGAAUUGUAUGUAACAAAGGAGUUAUGCACAGUUGUAUCCUGUGUGUGUGUGGUUUUAAUGCUUUAGGGAUGAAAACAUGGUUGAUCUUCUGUUUUUGUUUUGUUAAUCACAACAAAAGCCUUAAUAAAGAGAAUGCAAAGCAA